GACUCGGCCGGGGCGCCGCGGCGCGGGCCGGGAUGGAGUGAGGGGCGAGCGGCGGACAGAGCGCGGCCCUGCGGCCCCCGCCCGUGUCUCGCUCCGCCCCGGGUCUAUGCGGACCCCCGGAGACCAUGGGAUCCAGGAUCAAACAAAAUCCAGAAACUACCUUUGAGGUGUAUGCAGAAGUGACCCACUCAGGAGUCAGUUGCAUCGGGAAAGAUCCUGAGGUGCGGAGGCAAUUCCCAGAGGGCUACAGUGACCAGGAAGUUCUACAGACUCUGACCAAGUUUUGUUUCCCCUUCUAUGUGGACAGCCAUGCCAUUAACCAAGUUGGGCAGAACUUCACCUUUGUGCUCACAGACAUUGACAGCAAGCAGAGGUUUGGGUUCUGUCGCUUAUCCUCGGGGGCCAAGAGCUGCUUCUGUAUCUUAAGUUACCUCCCGUGGUUUGAAGUCUUUUAUAAACUGCUCAAUGUCUUGGCAGAUUAUUCAGCAAAAGGACAGGAUAGUCAGAGGAGUGAGCUCCUAGAAACAUUUCAUAAACUCACCAUCCCUGAGCCAGGAACCUCGGUUCAUCUUGGAGUGCACUCUUACUUUACUGUGCCUGACACCAGAGAGCUUCCCAGUAUACCUGAAAAUAGAAAUCUGACAGAGUAUUUUGUAGCAGUUGAUGUCAACAACAUGCUGCAUCUCUACGCCAGUAUGCUGUACGAGCGCCGCAUCCUCAUUUGCUGCAGUAAGCUGAGCACUUUAACUGCCUGCAUCCAUGGGUCUGCAGCCAUGCUCUACCCCAUGUUCUGGCAGCACGUUUACAUUCCUGUCCUGCCCCCACAUCUCCUGGACUACUGCUGUGCCCCCAUGCCCUACCUCAUUGGAAUACACUUAAGUUUGAUGGAGAAAGUAAGAAGCAUGGCCCUGGAAGAUGUGGUGAUCCUUAACGUAGACACCAACACACUGGAAACCCCUUUUGAUGACCUUCAGAGCCUCCCCAACGAUGUGGUUUCUGCACUGAAGAACAGAUUGAAGAAAGUCUCUACAACCACUGGAGAUGGUGUUGCAAGAGCGUUUCUAAAAGCACAAGCAGCUUUCUUUGGGAGCUACAGAAACGCCCUGAAAAUUGAACCUGGUGAACCCAUCACUUUCUGCGAAGAAGCGUUCGUGUCCCACCGUUCGUCUGUGAUGAGGCAGUUCCUGCAGAAUGCCAUCCAGCUCCAGCUCUUCAAGCAGUUCAUUGAUGGGCGUCUGGAUCUGCUGAACUCUGGGGAGGGCUUCAGUGACGUGUUUGAAGAGGAGAUAAAUAUGGGGGAAUAUGCAGGUAGCGACAAACUGUACCACCAGUGGCUGUCCACAGUGAGGAAAGGAAGUGGAGCCAUUUUAAACACAGUAAAGACCAAGGCUAACCCCGCCAUGAAGACUGUCUAUAAGUUUGCAAAAGAUCAUGCAAAAAUGGGAAUAAAAGAAGUGAAAAACCGCUUGAAGCAAAAGGAUAUUGCUGAGAACGGCUGCUCGGCAGUGCCAGAGGAGCCCCUGCCAAGGACAGCACCAUCGCCACUGCCUGAGAAGAAGGACCCGAAAUUAAGAGAGGACAGAAGACCAAUCACAGUACAUUUUGGUCAGUUCCAUGUUGACAAUGUCCUUGAGGAUUUGACAAUGAGAUUUUCCAGCAGUUGCUCUUCGUUAGAAUCCUGGUGUGUAAAACAGCACAGACUCCGCCCGCCGCGGCCGCCGCCCCCAAAGAUCCAGCGCUCCUCCAGGCCCGUUCGCCCCCCAAGACCUCAUGUGGUUAAGAGGCCCAAAAGCAACAUUGGUGUGGAGGGCCGGAGGACCUCAGUUCCCAGCCCAGAACACCUCGUAAAGCCCAUGCGACACUAUACAGUCUUCCUCUCUGAGGACUCCUCUGAUGAUGAAUUUCAGCAGGAAGAGGAUCCUGUCUCUGGCUUCUCUGAAAACUUUUUCUUCUCUGCUCCUUUCGAAUGGCCUCAGCCGUACCGGGCGCUGAAGGAGUCGGACAGUGCCGAUGGGGAGGACGUGGGCAGCCCGGAAAGAGCCAGAGAGCCGCUGCCCCCGAGCCCUCUGCUCUCCAGCAAGGCCUCAGAAGUCAACCUCCUGGAGGACAUCUUCCCCAGCUUGGAAGUAGAAGCCCAGCCCCAGCCCCUGAGCCAGGCCAAGAGCCUGGAGGACCUGCGGACACCCAAGGAGGAGGCAGAGCAGCGCUGCUCCUUUGAAUACCAGAGAAUGGAUCUUGGUGUGUCUGAGAGGAGCAGGAUUGUGCCAAGCAUGAAGCUGUCCCACCCUUACAACAAGCUGUGGAGUAUGGGCCAUGAUGAUAUGGCUAUUCCCACCAAAUAUUCCCAAAGCUCACCUGAAAGACCCUUGGCUGCCCUGGGUAACAUGCCCCCCAUCACCAGGAGACCCCAGAGCAGAGACAGUGGUCUGGCUCCUGCAGAAAAGGAUGAAUCCAAUCCUGCCAUUCAAGGGAACAUCACCAUUCCUAGGCCCCAGGGAAGAAAGACUCCAGAACUGGGGAUUGUGCCACCACCACCAGCACCCAGGGCUUCCAAGCACCAGGCUCCAGCCGGGUCAGCGGAAAUCCUCACCCCUCAGGGGCGCAGCCACUUGGUUCCAGAUCUUAUCCCAGAGCCCUUUGGGGCCGUGUCCCUAAAGCCCGAGGUGCAGCAGUCUGUGAGUUGCUCGUCCCGCCCAUCGCAGCUGCUGUGCGGCUCUGCCGGCAGCGCUGGGAUGCUGCAGCCUGAGCGGGUGAAGGCAGAGGGCGCCGGCAACGAGAGCGAGCUCCUGCUGAGCCUGCUGGACCCGCUGAGAACCACGGCCUGGCCAGGCAGGGCCCCGCAGGGCUCGGCUCCCGCGCCCGCCUUCGGGGCCCUGCCCAGUGACUUUGUACCUCCUGCAGCUGCAGCGUUUGCCCAGCCCCUGGGCUAUCCUGCCCCAGCUCCACCACCUUUUCUACAGCCCUCCCCCAAUCCGUUCACCCAGACACUGCCAGGAGCCCUUCCAGUGUCCCUGGUCAGAGCCCCGAGGGGCUCCUUUACCCCCUCCUUAGGUCACGCGUACAGCUCCAGCUUCAUAACCCCCACUGCCGCCUUCUACCCAGCACAGAGACCUCAGCCCCCCAUGGCCACGCUCUCCAUGCCAAACCUGUUCAGCCAGGCUCCAGCUGUGCCAGCAGCUGGCUCCUUGCUCCUGCAGAGCCACAGCCCUUCUCCCACCAGCUCCCUCCAGCCAGCGUGUCUGGGUGCUCCCUCCAAACCCCGAACGUUACAGGUGGCCCAGCCCAGCACAAAGGUAGAUCCCAAACAAACCCUGGCCAGUUCACUUCUGGCCAGUGAAUCCCCUCUGGUCCCUGCCAGGCCAGCCAAGGGCUUGGAGUCAGUGUUACUGUCCUCAAAAUCUGAGGAGACAAAAGAUCCAUUUGAAGAUCUGUUAAAAAAGACCAAGCAGGACGUGUCACCCACACCAGGUAAGGUGGAGCAGCUCAGAAAGCGAUGGGAAACCUUUGAGUGAUGCACCCCAUGGCCUUGGUGUCCUUUUGGAAGUGACAGAGGGAUUUUUUGGUUUUUUUGAGCCAGCAUAAAACCAAGCAUUUCUUUUAAGGAAGGCUGAGCCAGGACUGCUGCAGGACCAUCGCUGAGCUGCAACUCAACACGAGCGCUUUUUGCCCACAGGUCAGAGUCCCCCAGUCCCAGUCCCUGCUCUCACUCCCUGCCACUGAACCCUGGGAUCCCUGCACUGACCAAAGCCUGAGGGUUGGGUUGGGUUGGGAUUUCCACACACAGCUUUUCAGGCAGCACUACUGAUGCACAAGUUAUUUCCUCCCUGUAUUUUCAGUCCUUGGUACACCUGGAGCUUGACACAGCCCACUCUGCUGGGGUUCAUUCCUGCCUCUGGGAAUGGGCGUCAGUUUUUCUGGCAUUACACAAAGAUAAAACAUUUUGUUCCCACAUGCAAAGUGCAGCAAACCAGCCCACAAGUCACUGAACUGCUCCCUUGGUUUCUGUCUGUGCUCGUUGAACCCCAGCCACUCCUGGAGCUGUGCUGUCAGAUGGACUUUGGUUGCACUUUUGACUCCCCCCCCACCCCGAACACCAACAGCCAGGGCAGAGUUGUCACAGGCCUGGAAACCACAGCACAGAGCAGCUGCUCAGGGAUUGGUCCUGCAUCUCUGUUGGGAAACUGGAAACACCAGCAAUUGUUUUCAUUUUUUUGACUUUGUUUUUGUUAAAUACAUCAGAAAAUAGAGGCCAUAAAGAGUAUCCUAGUUCUUAUAUAUGUGUAUCUUAAUAUUAUCUAUCAAUAUUAUAAAUUGCAGUAUAUGAAUGGAAUGUAACAGUAUCUUACUUGAUUAUUACAAAGAAGAGAAAAAGUGGGGGGUAUUGAGGUUCCCAGCUCCUGAGUGCAGGGGAAGGCCGGUGUGCUGGGGGCUGAGGGCAGGGUGUGUCCAGGAGGGGGGAUCUGGGCUCUGGGGCCCGUGGGGCCUCGGGCUGGCCCCUCGAGGCACCGAGCGCAGGCGACGCUCUGCUGGGUGUUCUGAGCCCCUCUCUGGGUUCUCCAGACAUUUCACACAGGCUCAGCAUCCCCAGGAAAGGUGCUGUCUCUGACCAUUUCUGUUUCACUUCAGUGGUGCUUUUUUGGUUUGUUUUGUAUCUGGGCACACUCUGGUGUAAAACCUGUCACUCUCACAGAGGGAAUCACAUCACCAUUGAGCCUUUGAUAAAGGAAAUCAUCUUGGGCACAUGGGGAGAUUCUUGUAAAGCUUUAUCUGAUUUCCAAUGUAUCUAUUUUAUUCAUGUUAUCUUGGAAGUUUUCUUACUCUGGGGAAUGGGAAUGGCUGUCUCUGUGUUCGAGUCUGGGCUGUACAAAAGAAAAAUAAUAUCUGAAAUGCUGCCGGUUUUGGGAAGACCACAGUAUUCCAGGAAUAUUCUGUUUCUGUACAGUGCUGUUCCUCUGACAAGCCAUUCACUUGGAUUUGUAUUUUCUUUUUGUGUUGACAGACAGAUGGGUUUAGUAUUGAAUAGUAAAAUAUUUAAAGUCUAA